CACGAAAUCGCUGCCCUAUUGCCACAUGGAGGUCCGCAUGAAUGCGGAGCUGCCGGCCUUCGACAAAACAUUAGAAGACAAGGCCUUCGCCGAGGCUUUGGAGGAGGAUGGGCUGCCUCCAUUAUAUCCCAACCAGCCGCGCUGGGCCUUCGAGGACGGCCGCGGCGGCGCCGAAGCCGAAGCCUUCGCGCAGCGGCGCAGCGACGCCGCCUUCGCGCACGUGAAGUUACUGGCAAGGCGGAAUCGCGGGAAAAAACAACCGCCCGGCGACUGGCGCGCCCUCUUAUCAACGGCGGGCCUGCGCCCAUCGGAACCGACGUCAAAAAUCUUCACGGACACGAAAACGCCGAUCUCCGUCGACGCCUUCAUGGGCGAGUUGGUAAGGACGAACCAGCUCGCGUUCGGGCCCGACGCCGGUUCAAAUGUCCCGCCGGAGGCUAGGUGCUGCGACCGCUGUGGCGCGGUCACGCCCUGCGUCUGCGCGUGUGGUGUGUCAUUCUGCUCGCGCGUGUGCUUGAAGGAGGCGUGGCCCGAGCACGCGCCGUCGUGUGCGGUUGUGUUCAAAAACGGGCCCGUCGCGUACACGACGUUAAAUGAAAGGGAGUUCGGCGACGCGCGGGGGCCCGACGACCGACCGGCGUCGGAGAGCUGUGCCCACUGCGGCGUGCGCGGCGCGACGGCGCGCUGUGGACGCUGUAGAAAGGUCGUCUACUGCGGCCGCGCGUGCCAGGCGGCGGCCUGGGGCCGGCACCGGAAGCUGUGUAAGUAA